AAUCGAAAAAGAGUGUGAGCAACUCUAUCCAAGCAUUCACAGCACACACUGAUGGGACGAUGAGUGGAGGUAUCCAAUGCAUGAAUGUCAAUGGCGAAGACAUCAUGAUGUACUCCAACUACACAGAGGAUGAUAAGCCACGGAUGCACGUGGUAAGUCAGUUGACACCCACACCACCCCACUUACACGCGAGUAUAUGUGACUGA